UGACACUUUUGACAUGUCACAACCGAGCAUACACACAUAACCUCUCGCCCUUAGCCAACAAAUAAGGCGCAUAAAAAUAAAAUCAAAAUGCAAAACUCGAUGCUGGCUCACAUAAAAGAUGCGAACACUGUGUGGAAUACUCUAAAUGGAAUCAUAAACGUGUACAAACCAGCCGGCGUUAGCGUUAACAAUAUCAAAAGAUCCUUACUGGGCAAUUUGUGUAAAGGUUUAAACAGUCUUCAAACUCGACCCCCCAUAGAACGUGUAGUCAUUUCAGACGCACCCCAUGAUCGAUAUAAAGUGGACGUUGCGACUGACUGGAGUGAUCAUGUUCUGGCCGUUGGAGAGCGACAUCAAAUUAGCGACUUUAAAUUCAACACAUCGCAUCUGUCUCGAUUAACAUCCGGCGUUUUGUUGGUCGGCCUGAAUGCGGGCACUCAGCAAAUACACCGAAUUCGCGACAGUCGCCUGAUCCGCGUAUAUCACGUAACCGGUGAACUGGGCACAUCAACUGAAAAUAAUUUCAAAGAUUCACUAGUCAUUGCCCGAGCCAACUACACACACGUAUGGCCCGACAAAAUGAACGCAAUUCUAUCAUCGAUGCAGGCGUCCCAUCAACGGAAAAUGUUCGAACUAUGCGGUGUACACAUUCAAUCGAAUUCGGCCUUUGAAAUAGCUAAGAGGGGAUUGAUUCGUCCUGCCAGCCAGACAGUGCCCAUUUUGUAUGGAAUGAAAUGCGUACAAUUCGAUCGGCCGAAGUUUACAAUAGAGGUCCAUGCGAUCAAUGAGCAUGUGAAGUAUUUUGGUGAACUGAUUCAGGAAAUCGGAUUACAACUACACUCUGUGGCCUGCUGCACGGGCGUACGGUGCAUUCGUCAUGGACAUUUUACCAACAAAGAUUCGUUGUUGCGAAGCAAUUGGCAUUUACAAGAGGUUGUGACCAAUAUGGCUCAGUGCCGACAAAUCAUUGAUGAACAUCCGAACAUGUUACGGCAAGAAAAUGUUGAACUGACAGAGAAGGAGCAAGAACCACAAUAAAAGACGAAAAAGUUUUUGUUUUUCGUGUCGUUCAUUUAAAAAA